UGUUCUGAAACCUUUUGCGAAAGGUUCUUGAUCGAAAUCCACGGGUGAUAAGCACAACCUUCAAGGACACCGCUGCGAAAUAAUGAACAUGCAGUGAUAAUUUGUCUCAUGAAUUAAAUUUUAUUCACUUGUGCAUGUUUGCGACCUGGAGGCUUGGAAAAUUGAACAGGCAUUUAAAUUAUAAUAACAAUAUUUCUAAAGGUCUUCUUUUUUUGAUACACCCUGUAGUUUAAUAAAACGAAAUGACUUUCUGAACAAAUAUUUCACACGUAUAUUACGGCAAAUUAAGAGUCCUGUCAUCACAAAAGGUUGCCUUAAUUAGCUUCAUUUACGAAGCGAAUAAAAGAAGAGGACGACUUGUAAAACCUCGUUUCUUAUAGAACAAGAACUUGGAGGAAAAGCAACUAAAAGGUGCGACAUGAACGUGUAUUUCCUAGUCUUCCAAGCGUUCGCAGUCUUGGUUCACGCCAGACCCAAUCACAUUGGCGAGAUGAUAAUGAACAAUUUGAUGGAAAAUGAUGCAAAUUUGAACGAAGGAUUUGAUAUUGAUGCGUUUCGCCUUGAUCAAUUGAACCUACACAAUUAUUACCGCUCUCUACACGGGGUUCCGGCGAUGACAAGAGAUGCAGAACUUGAGGCAAAGGCACAAGAAUAUGCCGAAACAUUAGCAGCAAAAAAUCAGGGUUUAGUUCAUUGUAAUAUGCCCUCCUGUGACCGUGAGGGAGCUGGGGAGAAUUUAGCCUCGGCCUGGGGUAGCACUACCGUAGAAACAAAUGCAACGAAAGCUUGGUACGAUGAGGUUUGGGACUACAAUUAUUGUCACGACGAAACCAAUUUCAAUAGGCCUGGACACGAAGGAAAGGCAAUCGGACAUUUUACACAGGUAAUUUGGAGAACCUCGACAAAACUGGGUAUUGGUUAUGCAAGAACCAGCGACAAGGAAAGAGUCUUUGUUGUUGGACGUUAUUUAGACCAUGGUAAUGUUCGUGGACAAUACGGACAGAAUGUUCCAAAGGCGGACUAUUUGUUUGAAACUUUCCAGGAUAAUUGUGAUGGUGAUAAUGGCGGAUUGUCGGCUUGGUCGGAGCCUGGCGAGUGUUCUCGAAGUUGUGGCGGCGGUGUCCGAUUUCGGACAAGGACAUGCACCAAUCCAAAACCGUCACUGAAUGGUGCUGACUGUACUGGAGACACCACUGAGCUUGCAUCGCAAGAAUGGUGUAACAUUGACAGCUGCCCUGAGGGAGAGUUGAGUCACAGAGAUCAGCAGUGUGAAGCACGGGGUCGUCCAGCACAAUCGCAUAUAUUUUCAAAUCAAUGCAAAUUGUACUGCUACAGCGGCUCGGGAAACGUUUAUUCACCUGCAGGCGUUGUGGACGAUGGCACGCAUUGUAAUUCUGACAAUGGCGCCUGUGUCGGUGGGGAGUGUAAAGAGUUGAACAAUGCUGCAGGUGUUGAUGGUGGAUGGUCGGCUUGGUCGGAGCCCAGCGAGUGUUCUCGAAGUUGUGGCGGCGGUGUCCGAUUUCGGACAAGGACAUGCACCAAUCCAAAACCGUCACUGAAUGGUGCUGACUGUACUGGAGACACCACUGAGCUUGCAUCGCAAGAAUGGUGUAACAUUGACAGCUGCCCUGAGGGAGAGUUAAGUCACAGAGAUCAGCAGUGUGAAGCACGGGGUCGUCCAGCACAAUCGCAUAUAUUUUCAAAUCAAUGCAAAUUGUACUGCUACAGAGGCUCGGGAAACGUUUAUUCACCUGCAGGCGUUGUGGACGAUGGCACGCAUUGUAAUUCUGACAAUGGCGCCUGUGUCGGUGGGGAGUGUAAAGAGAUGUUACAAUAUUUUGCCCCUACAGAACCUCCACCGACCAAUGCUGCAGGGAGUAUAAUCGGGUCUUAUACGGCCACACCAGGCGAAAAUCUCCACGAAAUGCUUAUCGUUCCAAAUGGUGCAACAAAUGUUGUCGUUACUAAUCGAAACUUUAACGGUGUUGGAAUCAAGGUUGGUUAUAAAAGAUUAGCUGGUGGCUGGGGUUACCAGUUCAGUGAAGGCUCUUGGAUGAAUAGCUGGGUGGAUUAUCAGGGCUAUUAUGAAAAAACAAAGACCAUUGUUGGUGUUUCGUUUGUUUACAGACGAGUUUCGAGUCAUUCCACAAUCACCAUUGCUGGUCCUGUCAAUCCAACUUCUGGCCACGUCCUGGUUCUUUUUGUCACGGGAAGUUCACCUGCAGAUAUUUCAUGGAGCUAUAAUGCUUAAUACUUUAACUUCUCUUUUUUCGUCGUUUACUUAAAACAACUUUAGUUUUAGGGGAUGUAAUGCAUGAUCAAGCACUAAAUAAAAUGUUGUGAUCAAAUUCGUU